AUGGGGCUGCUGGAGCGCCUGCGGAAGGAGUGGUUCAUCCUCGGGAUCGUGCUGGUCAUCGCGGUGGCGCGGCUGGAGCCCGCCGUCGGCGUCAAGGGGGGACCUUUGAAACCAGAAAUUACCAUAACUUACAUUGCUGUUUCAGCUAUAUUCUUUAACAGUGGACUCUCCUUAAAAACUGAGGAGCUGACAAGUGCUUUGGUGCAUGUGAAACUACACCUUUUUGUCCAGAUUUUUACACUUGUGUUCUUCCCAACAGCAAUAUGGCUCUUUCUUCAGCUAUUAUCAAUCACACCUAUAAAUGAAUGGCUUUUAAAAGGCUUGCAGACAGUAGGCUGCAUGCCACCUCCUGUGUCUUCUGCAGUGAUUCUAACCAAAGCUGUUGGUGGAAAUGAGGCAGCUGCUAUAUUUAAUUCCGCUUUUGGAAGUUUUUUGGGCAUUGUUAUAACUCCACUUCUGCUUCUGCUUUUUCUUGGAUCAUCCUCCUCUGUGCCUUUUACAUCUAUAUUCUCGCAGCUGUUUAUGACUGUGGUAGUCCCCCUUAUUAUUGGACAGAUUGUCCGAAGAUACAUCAAGGACUGGCUUGAAAGGAAGAAGCCUCCGUUUGGCACGAUCAGCAGCUGUGUGCUCCUGAUGAUCAUCUACACAACAUUCUGUGAUACUUUUGCCAAUCCGAAUAUUGACCUUGAUAAAUUUAGCUUGAUUAUAGUAGUGCUCAUAAUAUUUUCUAUUCAGAUGAGCUUCAUGUUUUUGACUUUCCUCUUCUCUACAAGGAAUAACUCUAGUUUCACACCAGCAGACACAGUGGCUAUCAUUUUCUGUUCCACACACAAGUCCCUCACCCUGGGCAUUCCAAUGCUGAAGAUAGUAUUUGCGGGUUAUGAGCACCUGUCCUUAAUUUCCGUCCCCUUACUCAUCUAUCAUCCUGCUCAGAUUCUUCUUGGCAGUCUGUUGGUACCAACAAUAAAAUCUUGGAUGGUUUCUAGGCAAAAGGCACUGAAGUUAACCAGGCAGCCCAAAGCACCCGUGAAGGUAUAAUUAUGGAGAUGGCCUGUGUCACAGUGAAUGUAUAUAUGUACUAUACUGUACACACGGACAGUUGAGACAACUGGGUAUUUGUGAAUGUUACUUCAGUGCAUAUUUUAUUUUUUUA